AAAUGUUAGACAGACAUUUAGACUUGUUGAUACUUUUUAAGGAGGUGGUUUUUAAGGACGUUCCUGUAAUUGUAACCGUUUUUUGCUUUUGAUCUAUUUUCCUUUAUUUUUCUUUGUAUAUCCACAAUCUUUGCAUCUGGGAGUUUUGUUUGGAGGCGGUUGCUAGGCAGCACAGAAGUUCGGGUGAUACUCGAAAAUGCCAAUAUGGUCCCUCUGCUGCCCCCUGUUGGUACGGAGGUGUUUAGAUGCUUCACACCAGCCUCACUGGAGAAAAUUCAGCAAAAGCAUGAAGCUGAAGCGAAGCAGCAGCAAAUCAGAAAAGAUAAGAACAUCAAGAUAGCAAAGAAGUAUCUUCCUAAACCAGCAGGUGAUCUGGAGGAUGGGAAGCCCCUCCCGUUGUUUUAUGAAGACCGGGCCCAGGAGUUUCUCAACAUCCCAUUGGAGGACAUGGACCCCUUCUACCAAUCACACAAGACCUUUAUCGUUCUCAGUAAAGGAAAAACCAUCUACAGGUUCAACGCCGAACCAACUUGUUAUCUGCUGAGUCCCUUCAACUCUCUGAGGAUCUUCUCCAUCAGGAUCCUCAUCCAUUCUUUAUUCAGUUUUUUCAUCAUGGCGACUAUCCUGACUGACUGUGUGUUCAUGACCAUGAGUAACCCUCCAGCAUGGAGCAAGACAGUGGAAUAUGUUGUCAUGGUGAUCUACACGUUUGAGGUAAUCAUCAAAGUUUUAUCCAGAGGGUUCUGUGUGGGAGACUUCACCUACCUCAGAAACCCGUGGAACUGGCUGGAGUUCAUGGUCAUCAACAUGAUAUACCUAGCAGAGUUUGUCCACUUUGGAAAUGUAUCAGCACUGAGGCCAUUCAGAGUUCUUCGAAUCCUGAAAAUCAUCACAGUAUUCUCUGGUUUAAGGACAAUCUUUGGGGCUGUCAUCCAGUCAGUGAAGAAGCUGCGUGAUGCCAUGCUUCUGACCUUCUUUUUUCUCAGUGUCUUUGCUCUGAUUGGUUUACAGCUUUUUAUGGGAGACCUCAGACAAAAAUGCGUUUUUACCCUGUCAAGCGACAGCAACACAUCAGGAGCUUUCAACAUCAGUUCCUACGAAAACAAUGGAAGUGACUUCGAUUUUUACGAGUACAUUAACAACCCAGAAAAUCACUACUACCCACCUGGUCAACGUGAUGCCCUGCUGUGUGGAAACAGCUCUGAUGCAGGGACCUGUCCAGAUGGAUACAUGUGUCUGAAGGCAGGGAGAAACCCAAACUAUGGAUAUACCAGCUACGACAGUUUCAGCUGGGCGUUUCUGUCUCUGUUCAGACUCAUGACUCAGGACUUCUGGGAAAAUAUCUUCCACAUGACGCUGCGAGCUGCAGGUAAAACCUACAUCAUCUUCUUCGUGGUCGUCAUCUUCCUUGGUUCCUUCUACCUCAUUAAUCUCAUCCUGGCGGUGGUUGUCAUGGCGUACGCUGAGCAAAACAGGGCUAACAUCGUCAAGGCCAAACAGAGAGAAAAAGAGUAUGCCCGCAUCCUUAAGGAGUUAAAGAAGAGAGAAGAGAAGGUACAAUGUGAUGGAGAGAAAGCUUCCAUCACUUUUCAGUACAAAGCUGAAUGUUUGUUUUCUUUACAUCAGACGGUCCAGAGGGCAACGCCCUUGGAGAAAAACGGCUCUGCAUCACAUGAGGAAGAUGCUACCAGGGAUGACCUAGAGGACAACCAGAAGCCACGUUCUUCACGCUGGUACGUCUUUGCUGACACCUUCCUGAAGUGGAACUGUUGUGGCUGUUGGAGAUGGUUGAAAAAGCUUCUGCAUACUACUGUCAUGGAUCCAUUUGUGGACGUCGCCAUCACCAUGUGCAUUGUCUUCUACACUAUCUUGAUGGCCACUGAGCACUAUUAUAUGACUGAGAAGCUUCUACAGCUUAUCGAAAUUGGAAACCUGGUGAUUACAGGGAUCUUAACAGCUGAGAUGGUUCUCAAAAUUCUGGCGAUGGAUCCAUAUCAUUACUUUCAGGAAGGCUGGAAUAUCUUUGAUAGCAUCAUCGUCACCAUGAGUCUGGUGGAGCUAGGACUGGCUGAUGUUUAUAGUGUUGUGUGGCGGCCCCUCAGAUUGAUAAGAGUGUUUAAGCUAGCCAUGUCGUGGCCAGCUUUCAAGGUGUUGAUAAAGAUUAUCCGCAACUCUUUGAGAGCCCUGGGGAACUUGAUGCUGGUUCUCGCCAUCAUUGUCUUCAUCUUCACUGUAUUUGGGAUGCAGUUGUUUGAAAAGAGCUACAAAGACUGUGUCUGCCUCAUUGCCCAGGACUGUGAGCUUCCUCGCUGGCACAUGAGCGACUUUUUUCAUGCCUUCCUCGUCAUCUUCAGGAUUCUGUGUGGCGAAUGGAUUGAGACAAUGUGGGACUGUAUGCAAGUUGCAGGGAAGCCUAUGUGUCUGAUUGUCUACAUGAUGGUACUGGUGAUUGGAAAACUAGUGGUUCUGAAUCUGUUCAUAGCCUUGCUGCUAAGCUCAUUCAGUGGGGAUAAUCUUGCAGUUACAGAAGAUGAAGGAGAAAAUAAUCUCCAGAUUGUGAUAAACCGGAUCAGCAGGGGUACAGCAAGGACUAAGGCCUGGUUCUGGACUUUGGUGGGAAAGAAAACAAACGUAAACUCAGAUGUAAAUGAUGUAACCUGUGAAGAAGGUGACAAGUCAAAGGAAGUUUUACCUCUGACAAUUGUGAAUUCAGAGCAGUCGGUGGUAAAAGUCCAAGACCCCAAAGUAACCAAAAUCUGCUCUGAAGCCAAGUCUGACUCUGAGAUAUCUAAAAAUAAAAAUGAUGAAGAUAAUGAGGAGGAUGACCAAGAUGAACAGCUUGCACAAGGUGAUAAGUCUUUGGACUGCAGCGACAUCGAGAGAUUUCCUGUAAUCUCAAUAGUAAAAGAGGCAGAAGACACUCCUGAUGAUUGUUUCACAGAAAAGUGUUACAGUUGCUGUCCAUGCCUGGAUAUAGACACAUCCAAGAGCAUAGGAAGGAUCUGGUUAUAUAUCAGGAAAACUUGCAUCACCAUCGUAGAGUCCAAGUACUUUAAGUCAUUCAUCAUCACCGUGAUCCUGCUGAGCAGUGCAGCCCUGGCCUUUGAGGACAUCUACAUUGAGCAGCGCCGGGACAUCAAGAUAAUUCUGGAAUAUGCAGAUCAGGUUUUCAACUUUGUGUUUGUGGUGGAGAUAAUUCUCAAGUUGGGUGCCUACGGAUGUAAAACCUUCUUCUCCAGUGCCUGGUGCUGGUUGGAUUUUCUCAUUGCAGAUGUUUCUCUGGUGUUACUGUCAGCAAGCAUCCUGGGAUACUCUGAGCUGGGAGCUAUCAAAUCUCUGAGGACUCUGAGAGCAUUGAGACCCCUUAGAGUCUUGUCUUGCUUUGAGGGCUUGAGGGUGAUGGUUAAUGAAUUGGUUGGAGCCAUCCCCUCCAUCUUCAACGUGCUGCUAAUCUGUCUGGUCCUCUGGCUCAUCUUUAGCAUCAUGGGUGUGAACCUGUUUGCAGGGAAGUUUUUUUACUGCUUCAACGAAACAUCAGAGGAGUAUUUCUCUCCUGAGGAAGUCAACAAUAAAUCCCAGUGUCUCGAUUUGUUUGAGAAGGGCUUCUCCGAGGCUCGCUGGAAGAUCUCAAAGAUCAACUUUGACAGCGUUGUGAUGGGCUGCCUGUCUCUGCUGCAAGUGUCCACAUUUAAAGGCUGGCUGGACAUCAUGUAUUCAGCGGUGGACUCCAGAGAGGUGGAGUCCCAGCCAAUGUAUGAGAGCAACCUGUACAUGUACAUGUACUUUGUCUGCUUCAUCAUCUUUGGCUCCUUCUUUCCUUUCUGCCUCUUCAUCACCUCACUCAUCAACUUCAACCAGCGUAAACCAAAGCCUAUAGAAAUAGAACCCCCGAUAAAAUGGAUCCCCAGAGAACCUCCUUCCCGACCGACAAACAAGUUUCAGGGUCUAGUCUUCGACCUUGUGACCAAUCCAUUUUUUGACAUUCUCAUCAUGGUGUUGAUCUGCCUUUAUACGUUGGCGAUGAUGGUGGAAACAGACGAGCAGAGUCCUGAGAAGGAAGAAAUCCUGUACUGGGUGAACCUCGUUUUCAUCAUGAUCUUCAGCAUAGAGUGCUGUCUCAAAAUUAUCGCUCUACGAAAGCACUACUGUUAUGAUGGGUGGAACAUAUUUGACCUUGUGGUGGUUAUACUGUGUAUUGUUGGUUUUGUUGUUGCUGAUAUCAUCGAGAAGUACUUCGUUUCUCCCACUCUCUUCCGUGUGAUCCGACUGGCUCGCAUUGGCCUGAUCCUUCGUCUCAUUCACAGAGCUAAGGGAAUUAGAAAGCUGUUGUUUGCAUUAAGAAAGUCUCUUCCAGCUGUAUUCAACCUAUGCAUCCUCCUCUUCAUCAUCAUGUUUGUCUUCUCCAUCUUUGGGAUGUCUAAUUUUGCUUACGUGAAGAAGGACAGCAUGAUUGAUGACAUGAUUAACUUUGAAACCUUUGGGAACAGUAUGAUCUCCAUGUUUACGAUCACCACAUUAGCUGGAUGGGACGGUCUUCUCUCUCCCAUCUUGAACACACCUCCAGACUGUGAUCCAGACUUUGAAAACCCAGGCACAACUGUCAGGGGCAACUGUGCCAGCCCUGCAGCAGGUAUUGUCUUCUUUACUUUGUAUGUCAUUGUGUCCUUUCUGGUGGUGGUCAAUAUACACAUCACCAUCAUCCUGGAGAUAUUUAACGUCGCUGCAGAGGAGAGCACCAACAAACUAUCUGAGUACGACAUUGACAUGUUCUAUGAAACCUGGGAGAAGUUUGACCCACAAGCUUCGCAAUUUAUUCACUACAGUGAGCUGUCAGAUCUCUAUGAUGCUCUACCGUAUCCUCUCAGGAUUCCCAAACCCAACACCAUCAACCUGUUACAAAUGGACCUGCCUUUGGUUCAAGGAGACAGGGUCCACUGUCUGGACGUCCUGCUAGCUCUCACUGAAGAGGUUUUUGGUGAAUCUCAGGCAACGGAGGAACUAAAGUCUACUGUGGAGUGGAAGUUCAUGGCCAACAUUGCUUCAGAGGAGAGUUUAAGACCAAUCGUCAGCACCUUUCGAAAGAAACACGAGGAGAUGGCAGCGACAGCGAUCCAGAGAGCCUACAGGAGACACGUUCAGCAGCGAGUGAACAAGCAGGAGUCCUACCAGUAAAGGGAAAAGCCAGAGGGACAGGCGGCCAGGGGGACAAUCUGUCUCCACCAGAGACAGAGGGAUUUCUCUGUAAACCAAUGGAUCAGCUGUACGGAGGCAGUGUUAAAACUCUUUAACAGAAGGCUUGCCUUUUACCAAAUGAGAAAAGUAAUUCCAAACUUUAGAUACCCUAUAACUGAGAAAAAAACAGACCUCUAGUUAGGAAGAUAAAACGCUUAACUUUGGCGAGUUAAGUAAGAACGAAACUGCAUAUUUGAUUUAAAGUAGUGGGUGAAAUGCUUUGUUAUUGACCCCUUGCAACGUGACGUGACGCGUGCAAGAUCCCGCCCUCAUCUCCCUGCUGGAGGACAAAAAGCUGCUCGCCGAUGUGACUACCAUUGGUUUUAACUGUCAAGUUGUCAACAUGCCACACUAAAUCUUAAAUGUACAGAUGAUAUGUAAAAGCAAAAUGGACACAGUAUUUUACUACUAAUUGUCAACUCUACCACAACUAGAUAACAAGGUCAGAAAAAGUUUUAAGUAGGAGAAAUAAAAUAGCAAGGGACAGGGAAGUAGGUAAGUUAUGCUAGCUUGACUUUGACAACCGUAACAUGUAGAUGUGACGUGGAAUGUGGUGUGUUUCGGUUCAGUUAAAAAUGAAUAAAAGGCGACCUAAACAUCAUCAGAUCAUAAGUAGAGCAGGGGUUUAACUUAGCUAAUCAAUCACUGCGGUGCUAGAUUAGCUAAUAGCACCGGUAGCUAAUCUACCACAACGAUCAAUUCUUAAUCGGAAAUUAAACAUCAAGCCUAAAGUCAUAAAGCUCUAACGGACUGAAUGUUCUGCCCUUUAAGUGUUUUUCAGUGUUGAAUCCUCAAACAUGUAGUGGCGUUAUUGUCAGUUGCUAUGGUAAUGAACCUAUGUGUAGCGUAGCCGACACAGAGAGAGAGAAAAAAAUGGUUUUGAGUUAUCCUUCAAUGGGUUUUUUUGUGUUAUUUUCCCUUUGAUGCGGCUCAUGGCACUAAAUUAAUAAUACCUGCAUCUUCAGGUUUCAUUUUGUUGAUGGAAUUGUUCUAUUGCUGCAGCGCAGCUAUGGACCCCAUGUAAGAAUCACCUUUUUGACUCCAGCAUUGUGCGCAUGUGCAAAAUUUCUGGAUGUCAGUAAUAAUGUGCAAGGAGUCUGCAGCCUCUUAACUUACAUAAAUCUUGUAAAGAAAAAUCUGUAAGAAUCUGUGAAUUCUUAAACAGAGAAGCAUAAAGACAAUGAUAAUCUGAACAAGUUGAAAUUCUAACAAAUCGCUUUUAAAGAUCCAAAAUUUUAUGCAAUGGUGCUUCCCCAAAUGAUAUUGCAAUAUUGGUAUAUCACACUGUAAUAAAAUAAUAAAUAAUAAUAAAGUGCAAACAUU